AUGGGACCACCUCGACAAGGGUCGUUCCAAAAGGCCGCCAAGGAUAAAAAGAAACCAUCGCAGGCGCCUCGACGGAACAAUCCGAGCAAGUCCGCCCCGAAAGAGAAGGAAGAAGAGAGUGCAGUUGACCUCUCCGCCACCAUCCCACUCACCCUGCAACAAUUACUCCUGAAUGUAUUCAGAUCGGCAUUGUUCACCACACCCGGUCCAACCCAAAACACUGAGGAGACAAACAAUGCAUCGGCCACCGACUCCGAGCCCCGCCAACUCGACAUCAAAUCCCUCAUCCAGACCAUCAAAUCCCACCUGUACAACCGGGACUUCGACUCCGCUUUCACCGACGCCAGCGGCGACCUGCUCCGCGCGUACGCCCUACGCUGGAGCACCUCGCGAGCCCUUGGUUACGCGGGCCUCUUCAAGGCGCUAUUCAAGGACGCCCUCCUCCCCACAGCAGGAGGCCCCGAUGAUGCUGAUGCUGCGACGAGCCACGUCACGCACCAGCACGUCGUCUGCCUCGGCGGCGGCGCAGGGGCCGAGAUCGUCGCGUUGGCGGCUAUCUGGCGCGACUUGAUGAAUGAGCGCGCAGAGAAGACGCUGUUGGUCGACGGCGUCGCGGCCACUUCUCUAAACGAGACCCCCGACGCGCCGUCCACCUCGUCGUCGAGUUCUACGCCGGCCUCGCCAACGAGGCCAGCUCUCACCGUCACGGCCGUCGAUAUCGCCGACUGGUCGACCGUCGUGGAUCGACUGGCGUCGACGAUCGGGUCGUCGGACGUCCGCGGGUCGAAAAGCCACGCGGCGCCCCUGGUCGAUCCCGUCAGGGGCGGUUUCAGCGUGCGGUCGAAACGCUCCGACGUGCUGACUCUUUCGGACGAGGGGCUGCGGGAGCUGUUGCAUCUCCCUGCGUCUUCGUCGUCGACGCCCUCAACGCAACGGCGCCAACUCGAUGGAGCAGGAGAGGGCGAGGGAGAGGGCGAGGGAGAGGGCGAGAAACCCGCCACCACCGUCCUGGUGACGUUGAUGUUCACGCUGAACGAACUCUUCUCGACGUCGAUGGCGAAAACCACGGGAUUCCUACUCCGUAUGACGGAUCUCAUCCAACCCGGGACUGUGCUGCUGGUCGUCGACAGCCCCGGGAGCUAUUCGACGUUGAAGCUGGGGAAGGGUAAUACGAAAAAGAGCGACGCGAGUGGUGAGGCGGAUACUGCCGUUGCGGCUUCGGCGCCGCAGGAGAGGAAUUACCCGAUGAAGUUCCUGCUGGAUCAUGCUUUGCUGUCCGUGGCAAAGGGGAAGUGGGAACGGGUCUUCUCGCAGGAUUCCCGAUGGUGGCGGAGAGAGGCCGCCAGGCUGAGCUGGGAUGUUGGGGAGGGGGCGGGGUUGGAGGAUAUGCGAUUUCAGGUUCAUAUUUAUCGGCGGUUGGAUGGGUAA